CAACCCUACCAUGUACCGAAUGGAAUGUCUACAGGGAAGUUCUCUGAUGGCAUGGUGUAUGGUGUGGUGCACAGGACUGACAAUAACCAUAAGAAGGAAAUGGUGGUUUAUGGGUGGUCAGCUCAUCAGCUGAAAGAAGAGAUGAAUUACAUUAAAGAUGUGAGAGCAACUUUGGAAAAAGUAAGAAAGAAAAUGUAUGGAGAGUAUGGUGAAAUGAAACGGAAAAUACAGCAACUUACAAAUGAAUUGACAAUAACAAAUGUUGAAAAAGAAUCCUUACAGAGUCAUAUGCAAGUGCAGGCUGCAGCCUUGGAUAGCUUCAGUGAAAUGAACGGCUCCUUGACAUCUGCAUCAAUUGAGUUGCAGAAAACUUUAGUGGAUGUUAGUUUGGAGAACACAGAUAUAAGGGAUCAAAUAAGGAAUUUAAAACACACACAUGAGCAGUCCAUGGAAAAACUGAAAGAAAAGCAAAAACAGCUGGAAACAGCCCAAGUUGAAAAUCAGCUACUGAAACUAAAGGUAGAAUGCUCUCAAGAAGCCAAUGCUGAUGUAAUGAGAGAGAUGACCAGAAGACUGUACAGCCAGUAUGAAGAAAGACUACAACGAGAAGAACAGAAACAUAUAGCUGAGAAAGAAACUCUAAUAGCAGAAACAAAUAGACUUCUGAAGGCCAUUGAGGAGGCAAAUAAGAAGAUGCAAAUUACAGAGACAAGUAUACAGGAAAAAGAUGAGAGGAUUGGAGAGCUGGAUCAGUUCAUUCAGCGCAUGGAAGAGGAACGCCACCAACUACAAGAACAACUGGUACAACAUGAAAUCCAGAUAUCUGGAGCAAAAUCUCAAACCGAUUCAGACAGACAGAGGUCACAGCAUCUGGAAGAUGUUGCAGCUGGUCUUAGAGAACGAAUCAAACAUCUGGAUGACAUGGUCCAUUGCCAACAGAAGAAAGUCAAACAUAUGGUUGAAGAGAUUGAAAUACUAAAGAAAAAGAUCAAGCAAAAGGAAUUGUUUAUAAUGCAGCUUCUAGAAAAAAUUUCUUUCCUAGAAUGUGAGAAUAAAGAAUUACAAGACAGGUUGGACUACUUAAUGGAAACCCAGCCAAGGACUAAUGUAGAAACAAGAGAGAUCGGAGUAGGAUGUGAUCUUCCAUCCAGGACAUUUAUUUAUAGACUUCCAGAUAAAGGUAAAAAGAUCUCUGAUUUUGUUGAAAAGCUGAAGCUUGCCAUAGCACAACAGGAAGAAUUAAAGAGGACAACUGAACUGUUGUCUGUUGUUAGACUGGAGUUUCAGACAAAACAAGAGGAGAUUAAUACAAACAAGCAAAGAGUUGCCCUGAGUGAGAACAAAUCAACAAAUAAAGUUUUCUCAUCUAUUUAUAAAAACUCUACUACUCUCGUAAACAAAACUUCUGCAAUUGUUUUGCAAGACAAGGAAGAUGAAUGUACCGAGAAAAGAGACACACAUACAGCUUCUUCAAAGGGCCAUAAAAAACUUGAUCAAAUAGAGAGUAUGAUAGAAGACCAGGCAAAAUCUCACAAAAGUGAAUCCAAUUUAAAUUCAUCCACAAUCAGCCUAAUGAAAAUUGAUCAGCAGAUACCUAAAUACAGUUCUCUGGGUGAAACAGAAAGUGCAGUGGAUGCUUCAGGCAACAGUGGUGACAUGCUGGUGGAUGCCUUUGAAAGAGUUGCAGUUGGAGAUGGGAAUAACAAUGAAAGAAAAUCAGAAAAAGAACUGAACACUGCUAAAUUUAAGAAGAAUCCCUUUGGAAGCUUUCCCACCACGUCAUCAAAAAAGCCACAUUAUAUUGAAGUUCUAGAAUCAAGAGCUAAGAACACAAGAGCUAAAAAUAAAUUUAAAACCAACGUAUUACCAGCUGAGUGGAGUGGCUCAUCUCAUGAUUCCUCACCUAGUCGUUCACCUAGGAGACUUGGAUCUUCAAUUUCUGAAGAAGAAAGACGUCUUAGAGAUAAGAAACAUCUGGAUGACAUCACAGCAGCCCGGCUGCCACCACUUCAUCAUGCACCUACCCAACUGUUAUCUGUAGAAGAAUCAAUAGCAAUUCAGACACGGCAAAAAGAAAUAUAUGAGGAAAUCCAAGCAAAACUUGCCGCACAAAAGCUAGCAGAAAGGUUGAAUAUUAAAAUGGUCAGGUAUGAACCUGAGGGGGAAACCUCAAUGAAAUAUAGAGAAGUGAGGGAUGAGGAAGACUACCAUUCAUUGGAAGACUGAGUUCAAAAAGGAAACUAUCUGGCAAUGGACAGUGUAAUUGAUCUCUUGCGCUAUCCUUUUAAAAACUCGAUAACCAGGAUUCUUGGCCUUGUAGAUUGCUAUGUUUGCUAGAGUAGAUGUGGCACUGCAGCUCUGGGAAGGGAUUAAUCGUUUGAGUACAAAUGAUAUUGGUAAACACCAAUGUGACCUGAUUUUCAUACGCAGAGAGUGUGCUCAGUGCCUCUGAAAAUUGCUCAUUGGGCUUUAUAUAGCUCAGCUAAAGUAGCUGUUCAAGCAGUGACAGACUGUCUACAAGAAGAUGGUUAUAGUUGGAGGAAAAAUGAAUGUAAAAGGAAUAAUAUAUUUUUCCACCCCUUUAAACCUAUUGUGAAUAGAUAAGAACUCUGAGUUAUAAAAUAACUCAAAUCCUCUUCAGGCUCUAAGGGACAUUCUCUCCAGUUAUGGUGACCCUUGUUAAGCAAAUCUAAAGAUUUAAUUAAUUUGAAGACUAAUAUUUUCUAUUAAAGGCCUUGGUGUUGUUUUUCUUCAUACUAUUUUUGUACAUUGAUUAAACUUUUGGAAUACUA